AUAAACGCGGCGGACAACUCAACUCCUGUAAGCCCGUCCCCCGAAAGCCUCUGAUUGGCUACUGGCGAGACGGUUGCGCCUCGAUUGGCAGCAGGGUUUGCCUUUGCGUCUUCUCAGUUGUGGCACCUCUCAAGUUCGGUUGCGUCGUUUCUAAGUUGAUGUCAGCCCAAAAGAAGGCUGAGAAACUCCUCCCGUCUCAAAAUUAUGAGUGAACAACAGCAAGAUGAAAUGGCCGCGUUGGUGGAGGGCGGCGGAGGAUUUCUUCAAAAGCGAAACUCUAAUACCGGACAGGACUCCCAGCAGCCCUCGCCCCUGGCCCUGCUGGCGGCGACGUGCAGCCGCAUCGACACGCCCGGGGAGAGCGACGGCGUCUCCGACGCGCAGCCGGACCUCGGCCAGGCCCAGCUCACGCAGACCGCCAACGGCUGGCAGCUCGUGCCCGUCAGCGUGCAGUCGCCCGCGGGCUCGGAGGCCGGCAAGGGCCGGGCGGGGGCGCAGCAGGCCGCCCAGGGCCAGCAGCAGUACGUGGUGGCCCCCAGCGCCGGGCUCCAGGGCCCGCAGGUCCUCACCACGCUGUCCGGGGUCAUGCCCAACAUCCAGUACCAGGUCAUCCCGCAGUUCCAGACCGUGGACGGCCAGCAGCUGCAGUUCGCCUCGGCCCAGCAGGACCCCUCUGGAGGGGGCCAGUUCCAGCUGGUCUCGUCCCCCGGGGGCGGGCAGCAGCUGAUCGCCACCAACCGGGCGGGGGCGGGCGGGAACGUGCUGGCGGUGCCGAGCCUCCUCCAGCAGGCCAUCCCGCUGCAGAACCUGGGCCUGGGGAACGGCAUGCUGCAGAACCAGACCCAGUUCCUGGCCAACAUGCCGGUGUCCCUCAACGGGAACAUCGCCCUGCUGCCCGUCAGUGCGGCCGGGGGGGGCGGGGCGGACGCGGGAGGGGGCGGCUCCUCCUCCUCCCAGCAGCUGCUGCAGGCGGUGUCCUCCGGCAGCGGGACGGGGUACUACAGCAGCUCCACCACCACCGCCCCCACGUCCUACGCAGGGUGCGUGGUCACCCAGAGCGGGGCGGGCUUCCAGAACUCGGGGGGCGGAGUCUCGAUCCAGCCCGAUAACCGGGACGGUCAGCAGCAGCAGCAGCAGCAGCAGAUCCUGAUCCAGCCCCAGCAGCUGCUCCAGGGGGGGCAGUCCUUCCAGGCGGUGCAGGCGGGGGGGCAGGUGUUCGCCACCCAGGCGCUCUCCCAGGACGCCCUGCAGAUCCAGGCCAUCCCCAGCGGCGGGCCCAUCCUGGUGCGCACCGUGGGCCCCGGCGGGCAGGUCAGCUGGCAGACGCUGCAGCUGCAGGGCGCCGGGGGGGCGCAGAUCGCCCUGGCCCCCCUCCAGGCCCAGAUCCCCGGCCUGCAGACCGUCAACAUCAACGCCCUCGCCAACUCCGGCCUGCAGAUGCACCAGCUCCAGGGCCUGCCCAUCACCAUCGCCAACCCCGCAGGAGACCAGGGGCUGCAGGGCGGAGUGGGCGGGGACACCAUGGAUGACGGCACAGCCAUGGAUGAGUGCGGAGACACCAGCCCCCAGACCCCCAGCCGCCGCACACGCAGAGAGGCCUGCACCUGCCCCUACUGCAAGGAGGGAGAGGGCCGCAGCAGCGACCCCGGUAAGAAGAAGCAGCACAUCUGCCACAUCGCCGGCUGCGGCAAGGUGUACGGCAAGACGUCCCACCUGCGGGCGCACCUGCGCUGGCACACGGGCGAGCGGCCCUUCGUCUGCUCCUGGUCCUUCUGCGGCAAGCGCUUCACCCGCUCCGACGAGCUGCAGAGGCACAAGCGCACCCACACCGGAGAGAAGAAGUUCUGCUGCACGGAGUGUCCCAAGCGCUUCAUGAGGAGCGAUCACCUGUCCAAGCACAUAAAGACCCACCUGAACAAGAAGGGGGCGGGCGGGGCCGCCGACAGCAGUGGCUCCGCCCCCGUCGCCGCGGACACCGGCGCAGCGGGGGGCGUUCCCUCGGACCAGCACGCUCUCAUCACCAUGGAAACACUAUCCCCGGAGGGCAUCGCGCGGCUGGCCAACAGCGGCAUCAACGUGAUGCAGGUGGCAGACCUCCACUCCAUUAACAUGAACAGCAACGGCUACUGAGGAGCAAGGCAUGAUGGGACUUGUAGGCGCUGGGUUAUGGGGCUACGAGUCAGAGCGUGGAAGUGGGCCAGAGAUUAGACCAUACAGGUCAGAGGUGACCCUGACUUUACCUGAGGCCAAUGAAAUAAGUGUAGGGAGGGGGGAGAAAUGGGUUUUUGAUUCUAAUUUGAUGUCUAAAUUGGGGGAGGGGGUGGGGUUGAUCUACUUGUAGCUGGAGGUGCAUGAAUUCAACCUCCCCUGUAGCAAACACUACACUUGCUAGCCUUCACGGCUACACCUCAGCCUCCAUAUCAGACCCCGUCCCCUCUCAGGCCUUGGCCAGACAGUAGUCCAGCCCAUGGUAACACUCCACUACAGUGCUGAGAAGACCAGUCCAAUCCCACCUGAGACCAGUCCACUGUCACAUGAGAACGGUCCACUCUCACCUGAGACACAGCGAGCAGGUAGCAGCAGUGGAUGCUUCAAACAGGCCUCAGGUGAAAACCAGCUCUAGUCAUGUUGGGGAGGGGGAGGGGAAAGACACUUAAAUCUUUUGGAGAGUUUUUUUUUGCCUUUUAUAUUAUUAAUAUUAUAGGUACACAUUUAAAGCCAUCACGCUUUGAUAAAAUUAUCAUGGCGAAACUUUUUUUUUUUUUUGAUAGUUUGAUUUUUGUAAAUAUAUAUUUUCUAAUUAUAAAAUACUACAAAAAUGAACAUAGAAAGGAUCAAAUAAUGGUCGCCAGAGAUUGCCUUUCUUCUGCGCGUGCGCCUCAGUACAUGAACAAUCUUAAACCUUGCUAUUAUUUUUUUUUUAUACAAAUACAGAUUUUUUUUGUGAGACCAAGUUUGUAAACUGGACUCAAAAAGUGUUUGGUCUAGAACUAUGUUUGUACAGUACAGUCCAGUUCACUUGGGUCCAGUAUGUCUGUUUUUGGGCCGGUGAAGCUAUUUUACUGCCUCGUCAACUUACUUUUGGGUUCAGCAUCAAUCAAAUUCUCAAAAAUACAUCAUUAAAAAGCAGUUAAUAUUGUAUCAUAAAGUAUUUUAAAGGUUUUCUGUUGAAAUAUAUCAAUGUUUUGUAUGGAAUGCUGACUGUAACCAAAGGUCUGUAUCCAGUGGAAACGGUCGACUGGGACCCAACGUUUCGUUAGCUCGUUUCGCUAAACCACUCAGAAUUCUCUGGCAACUGAGGAGCCGGAAUGGACUGUA